GUUGGUAACGGUAUAUAAGCGCGAAGGAGACGACGUUUAUACAUUCUGCAGUAACACUCCGUUAGGCAGUCUGCACCGUUUGCUCUUUACUUCAAGGAUGAGAUCACUUCUGGUUCUUCUCGCAUUUUGCGCCGCUUCGGCUUAUGCCUACGAAUGCGGAUGUGACAGGGGUUAUGAUCCUGUCUGCUCCACAGACGGGGAAACAUACGACACUGAAUGCAAGCUCAAGUGCGACGGGAAGUGGAAAGCGUGUGACGGCCGCUGCCCUUGCUACCAGGAGCCGAAGUAUGCACCAUGUGGCUGCGACAAUCGCUACGAACCUGUGUGCACUGUGAAGGGAGAUACAUACCAGAACAAAUGCCAGGCCCAAUGCGAUCUACAACAAAUCGUCUGCGACAAAGCCUGUCCGUAUUGCGGGUUCACGUACUAGACGUCCAUUUCGAAACCGGUUCACACAGAAGCUACAACCGGUCAUUCUGUCUCAAUCAAAUGUUGUCACUUGUAAAACAAAUACAAAAUAAACAAACGACAUUUGA